GCAGAGGCUUCCUGGCCCCUGUCCGAGGUGUGGUGCGUCCGGUCGACGACCGACCGACCGACGGACUGACCGGCGGGGCCCCAGCCACCAUGGCGUCCGACGGGCCCCGCGGGCUGAUGCCGCGGUGGGGACUGUGCCUCGGCGGCGCCGCGCUGCUCCUGCUGCUCCUCCCGGCGGCCGCGGCGCAGGAGCAGCCCGGAGCGGCUUGUUCUCAGAACACAAACAGAACCUGUGAAGAAUGCCUGAGAAACGUCUCUUGUCUCUGGUGCAACACCAACAAGGCGUGCCUGGACUACCCAGUGACAAAAGUCCUGCCUCCUGGGUCUCUCUGUAAGCUGAGUUCUGCACGCUGGGGCGUUUGCUGGGUGAACUUCGAGGCAUUGAUUAUUGCCAUGUCGGUGUUGGGGGGAGCCAUCCUCCUGGGCAUCGCCGUCUGCUGCUGCUGCUGCUGCCAGAGGAAGAGGAGCCGGAAGCCAGACAAGAGUGAGGAGAAGGCCAUGCGCGAGCGAGAAGAGAGGAGGAUACGGCAGGAGGAAAGGAGAGCAGAGAUGAAGUCAAGACAUGAUGAAAUCAGGAGAAAAUAUGGUUUGUUUAAAGAAGAAAACCCAUAUGCUCGAUUUGAAAACAACUAAAGGGCACUUCCCG